CUGUGGCACAGUCAUGCAUCACAUGGGUACCCAAGCACCUCUAAAAUUCCUGAGAUCAAAGAAGAACUAGAUUGUAGUGACUUAUCUGAUAGACCCAACUGAUCGAAACUACACAUCACCAUGACAGAAUUCCUGGCAGAAAAUAACCAGUGUGGUCAGACAAUUCUGCGGCUUGUGGCUCGAGGCAAUGCUAUCAUUGCGGAAUUGCUGAGGCUUGCGGAUUUCAUCCCACCAGUCUUCAGACAAGAGCAGGGCCGCCCAGAUCAUGUCAAAUACGCUGACCUUAUUUGUGACUUUAGUUACUUCAAAAGUGCUGAGUACUUUGAUAACAGGAUAGACUCAAAAGCAGAGCUUCAAGACUUGGAUGAAGAGUUUCGGGAAAAUCACAUUGAAAUCUUGACCAGGUUUUACCAAGCCUUUGCCAGUGUUCAUAAAUAUGUGUCUGAUUUGAACAGAUUCCUGGAGGAUUUAGAGGAGGGUGUGUUCAUACAGCAAACCCUGGAGAGUGUCCUGGUGAAUGAAGAUGGCAAACAACUACUGUGUGAGGCAGUGUACCAAUAUGGUGUGAUGUUACUGGUGAUUGACAUGAGGAUAGAGGGCCUCAUUAGAGAAAGGAUGCUUGUGUCGUAUUACAGAUACAGUGCCCAGAAGGCAGUAACUGCUGACUCCAACAUAGAUGAUGUGUGCAAACUCCUGAGAGGUACAGGUUUUACAAAUGCACCCGGGGCAAAGAGGCCCGCUCAGUACCCAGAGAGUUACUUCAGUCGUGUUCCUGUGAACCAGGACUUUAUCAGCAUGGUGAUUGGUCGGCUGAGAUCAGAUGACCUGUACAACCAGAUCUCAGCGUACCCGUUUCCAGAGCAUCGCAGUACAGCUCUCGCCACCCAGGCCAGCAUGCUUUAUGUCAUCCUGUACUUUGACCCUGAAAUUCUUCACAGCCAACAAGCCAAGAUGAGAGAGAUUGUGGACAAACACUUCCCCGAUAACUGGGUGAUCAGUAUUUACAUGGGUAUAACUGUGAACCUGGUGGAUGCCUGGAGUCCAUACAAGGCGGCCAUCACAGCUCUCAACAACACUUUACAACCUGGGAACAUUAAGGAGCAGUCACUGAAAUACUCAAGGAAGAUUGAGAAGUUGAUACCUGUGCUGGAGAAGAACCUAAAGGAAGGUGUGCUGGUGGAGGAGUAUGUGUUAGACCACAUCCCCAAACUGAUGAACAUCAUGAGAGAGAGUAACGUGACUCUACGCUGGAUGAUGCUACACACAGCUGCUCUAACCCCAGGUAAGUCUGCGGAGUUAAACAAGCGGGUGAAGCAAGUGAGAGAUCAAGUGUUGGUGGACAGCAAGUACAACCCUCUGGUACUUUUUCAACUCUUGCUAAACACAGCACAGUUUGAGUUUAGGCUCAAAGAGAUGUUUAAGCAGAUGUUGAAUGAGAAGCAGGAUAAGUGGAACAGCCACAAGAAAGAAGGCUCAGAGAGGAUCCAGGAGUUAGCAGACGUUUUCUCUGGGACUAAACCACUCACAAGGGUGGAAAAAAAUGAAAAUCUUCAGGCCUGGUUCGCGGAGAUGUCCAAACAGAUUACCUCCCUUAACUACGAGGAUUCAACAGCGGCUGGCAGGAAAAUGGUUCAGCUGAUACAGGCCCUGGAGGAGGUACAAGAGUUCCAUCAGCUGGAGAGCAAUCUUCAGGUGAAACAGUUCCUGGCAGACACAAGAACCUACCUACAUCAGAUGAUCCGCACCAUCAACAUCAAAGAGGAGGUGCUUAUCGUCAUAGAGAUCGUGGCAGAUUUGUCCUACGCUUGGGAGAUUAUUGACAGUUAUACGGGUUACAUGCAGCAAGGAAUUAAGAAAGAUCCCUCUCUAGUCACCAAACUGAGGGCUACAUUUCUCAAGAUGGCCUCUGCCCUCGACCUGCCCUUAUUGAGGAUUAACCAGGCUAACAGCCCAGACCUGAUGAGCGUGUCACAGUAUUACUCCGGAGAGCUGGUGGCUUAUGUCAGGAAAGUGUUACAGAUCAUUCCACAGACCAUGUUUGGGUUACUGGCCAAAAUCAUCCAAAUGCAGACAGCUCAGAUAAAGGAGGUUCCCACCCGGCUGGAGAAAGACAAGAUGAGGGAGUAUGCCCAGCUGGAUGAACGAUACGAGGUGGCCAAACUGACUCAUGCUAUUUCUGUGUUCACUGAGGGGAUUCUCAUGAUGAAGACAACUCUUGUGGGAAUAAUCAAGAUUGAUCCCAAACAGCUGCUUGAGGAUGGAAUAAGGAAGGAGCUGGUGCAGCAGGUGGCAUUUGCUCUUCAUCAAGGGCUGAUCUUCAACCCUAAGGCAAAGGUGAGCGAGCUAAUGCCAAAGUUGGAUGCCCUGGGCAGUCAGAUGGAAGGCUUCAGGAAAUCAUUUGAGUAUAUUCAGGAUUAUGUGAAUAUCUAUGGCCUGAAGAUUUGGCAGGAAGAGGUUUCCCGAAUCAUUAACUACAAUGUUGAACAGGAGUGUAACAGCUUCCUCAGGACAAAGGUCCAGGAUUGGCAGAGCAUCUACCAGUCCACAGCUAUCCCCAUUCCCAGGUUUGCCCCUGUGGACCACAGUGUUAACUUCAUUGGAACUGCCAGGGAGAUUAUCAAGCUGACAGAUCCAAGGAUUGCAGCCUACAUUGACCAGAUGAAGGCCUGGUACGACAUCAGAACCAAGCAAGAGAUUGUCAACAGGACACUGUUUCAGAAGCUACAGAAAGCCGUGGGGAGUUUUGGGCUGGCAGGGCUGGAUAGACUGCUCAGUUUUAUGAUUGUGCGAGAGCUACAGAACUUCCUGAUGGUGCUUCAGAGGGGGGUUCUCAAAGAUAAGCAGUGGUUAGACAUGUUUGGUUCACUGCUCAAGUCCCUCAAUCCUAUCACGGGCACAGUCAGUCAGCCACAGAAGCUUUACCCUCUGUCAGUGACCAAGGCUAUGAAGAUGUGGCCGCCAUUUCUUGAUGUUAUCCUAAAGGUGGGUCAGAUGCAGCUGUUACGCCGCCAAAUUGCUCAUGAACUCAGCACUUCCUGCAAGUUUGACUCCAAGUUUCUGGCCAGCAGUUUACAGACAUUAAACACUGCCUUGCUGGCUGAUAUAGAGAGGCAUUACAAGGAUCCCUCACUUCCCUACCCUAAAGAGGAGAACCCACUGAUGUACGAGUUGACCUCGUACCUAGAAUCUGCAGGGCACCACAACCCACUCAGGAAGAUAUAUGUGACAACAAGGAAACUUCCCUACUUCUCGUUGUUCAACUUCCUGUUUGUCAUCUCCCAGUUACCCAAGCUUGUCUACACCAAGAGCAUAGGAGGCCUGGUGUGUAAGAAGUACCAGGACCCCCUGGAUUGUCCCCCCUUUGUUAUCGGCAGUAUUACCCUCCUGAAACAGUUCCACUCUGAAAACACAGACGUCUUCCUGGCUUACCUGGGCCAGUACGUUCGCUCCAUGGUGGAGGCUUCUCCAGGGAACAAAAACCAAGAAUUGUCCCAAGAAGUUGUCAGUGUCCUUCUCUUCCUGGAAGAUUUCAUACAUUACAGUGGAUUUUCCAGAAAAGCAAUAGAAGCCCACAUCCCUUCAUACAUCUUUGAUCAGUUCAGAAGUCAAGCCUCCUCCUAGCUGAUCACUCUCCUUGUAGACAGCAUCAAGAAUGGCAAUACUCCCAUCAGAGCAUACAGAGAAGCAGCACUGAAGGCCUGUAAACUUGUGGCUUGUCAAACCUGUCUUCUAGAGAGAAUGAAGAAUGGCAAUAUAGGUUAAGCUGGUUUGCUAAACCAUCUUUACAAACGUUAUCAGCAUGGCUUUGUAGCUGAAAUUUUUAAGCUGAUCUAAAUUUGUAGCAUGUCAAACCUUUCUUCUAGGCAGUAUGAAGAAUGACAAAGUAGCUGGAGAUAAGCUGAUGUAAACUUGUGGCUGGUCAAACCUUUUGUUCUAGCAAUGUAACUGAAGUAUUUAAGCUGAUGGAAACUUGUGGCUGGUCAAACGUUCUUUCUAGACAACAUAUAUAACCACAAUUGCUGCAAUACUGCCACAGUGGCAUAUAGUCAUAAUCAUCUUUCAUUCUUUCUGUACCUCAGUUUGAAGGGAAAAUACGCCAUUAUAGCAUUAUACUAACCUGUAAUAUUGAAGUUUUUGAGCAAAUAUAAACUUGUGAUUGUCUAAUAUUAUUGUUGUCUUGAAAAAUCACGUAUUACAAAUUUGUUAUCGUGCGGGGUUAUCAUUAUCCAAAAAUGAGGAAGGUACAAGUCUCCUGUUGUCAGCUUCAAAAACGGAUGAAAUUAUUCGUGGAAAGAUUUAGAAAUGUUACAGAUGGUUGUUGUUAAAGACAGUAUUGUUGAUUAUAUAAAGUUAUUAUCCAGCAGACCCAUUGAUAAGUUUCAGGUAAUGCACAAGUAUUACCUGAUGAUGGCAUACUAAAAUGCUGAAAUGUUGGGUCAAAAUGAAGCUGUCGUUACACUAUUCGUGUAAAAUUAUUAUAUAUGCUUAAAUUGUUAAUACCUUGCAUCAAAUUCCAAAUAGUAGAACUGUCAUGUCUUCUUUUGAUGAGCUAGAACAAUGGUGCUUAUUUGAUGUGUGUGUUAGGUAAUGAUUAUUUUUACGCGUGGAUACGAUGGACAAAAGUACAUGUAUAUUUGUAUAUGUGAAACACGUAAUAAAAACUGUGUGUAAAAUUGACAAAUGUAAGUACAACGGAAGCUAUAUUCAUAAAUGUUUGUUUUGGAACUGCAGAUAUCUCUGGUCGACUGGGUCAGGUGAAUCAGUCUGGUAUAUUAAAUGGAUGGUCACAUGUAACGAGUAUGUUUUAUGGGUGCGUUGUGCUACUGUCGAAAUACCCUGCAGAGCAGUGGAUUUAGUCUAAGUUACGUUUCUCACUCUACACAACGACAAUACACAGAGAAUAUGCAUUGAAAAUCAAAACCAUACAGAUUCCUUGACUUGUUGGACUUCCUGGACAACGAAGUUGAUUUGUCAAACGUCAACAACCAGUUCAGAAAGACGUUAUUGUCGGACAAAAGUGGACGGGCACUUACAACCAGGCAGGUUUGUUCCCGCUUGCAAUACCAAGCCAAGUCUUUGUUUAGCACAGUAAGUAGUAGAAGACCUAGGGCUCGGUUUCCUCUCGCCAUGAUGCUAGCCAAGUCGUAUUCUGUAAGACGGAUCGGAAGCUAGAGAGCACGUGAUCUUGUUAGUAACAAACGGCGUGGGUGAAGAAAACGGUCUUUCUAUUGUUGUUGCAUAGGAAAAUGCCUAUUUUUGAAUCGCUGUAAACGAUAUUUAUCCGUUGAAUUUGUAUAAUUUUCGGCCGCCGUCGUAUAAGUGAAAUAUUCAUGAGUACGGCGUAAAACACUAAUCAAAUAAAUAAAUGAAUUAUAUAACUUCCAUCUUUCCAGAUAGUCUGAGUAUCUCUGCAGAGUCUUUAUGAUGGUAUUUUGUACAGCUAGGCCUCACUGAUCGCUAGCGAAGUGGCAAAAGUGACGUUUUCCCCAAUUCUUUAACAUUGGGCGACCGUUUUGUUUUCGACACGACAGGGUGGUCACAUGACCUCCAACUUCCGACCGUCUUACAGAAUAAGUCAAAUAUUCUUCAGUAAAACACCAAUCAAAUAAGUGAACAGAGGACAGGAACAUAGCCUAUGAAUCCACUGUACUGCAUGGUACUGUGGCAACCACACAAGCAAGAGUUCUGUAUUAUUCUUUCAAGCAUGUUGAGAUUUGUCACCAAUACUGUUCAGAAUUGUCAUUACCUUAAAUUGAAUGCUGUUUUGGAUAUUAUACGUUGUAAAACGUGAAUGUUAUUGUAACAACAACAUCAAAGUUUUACGCAUUUUAUUUUAUUUGUUACGCAAAAAUCCACAUUGUAAAAUUAAAAUAUUUAUCUUUUAAA